AUGGCGCGCGAUCCGGCGUUCGAUUCCAUGGCGAGGCACCGGAAGGUGAAGAAGGAAAUCACGGAGGCGCACGGGGCGCUCGCGCAGGUGCGGCGCGCGCUUCGGGCGGGGGGCGGGGGGGGGGAAGACGGCGGCGGCGACGGCGACGGCUUGGUUUUGGUCGAGCUGUGCUCGGGACGGGGAUUCGUGUCGCUCGUGCUCGCGGAUGCGUUUCCGAAGGCGCGAAUAUACAUGAUAGAUCGCGAUACGACCAUGGAUGUGAGUCACGUCGAGACGUACGGGGGGGCGCGCAUGUCGUUUCACGCGCUCGAUUUACACUCGACGGCGUGCGAGGAGUUCGUCCGAGGCGUCGCGGACGACGCCGAGACGCGCGGACAGACCGUGGUUUUGGUCGGCGUGCAUUUGUGUGGCACGUUAUCGCAUCGCGCGAUCGAGCUAUACGAGCGAAUAGAACGCGCGGUGGCGAUCGUGGUCGCCCCGUGCUGCUUGCCGCAGCGGCGACGGCACGACGUGUUCGGUUUUCACUGCAAGGACAUCGCUCGAUCGAUCGGUAACGGCGUCACCCCGUUCCAGUGUUGGUGCACGCAGCUUUAUUUUCGAUUACCGUUGACUUCGAAGCGAAACAUGACCAUCGAUCACGACGUGCUUUCGACGCAGAACACGUUUCUCGUCGCGCGGCGUCCCCUCGAUUCGGCGCUCGACGCGCUGUCCAUCUCGACGCCUUUGUCGCCCUCCAUCGUCCCCGGUCGUUCGUGCGCCAAAUGGCGAUUAGUAAAGUAA